AUUUUCUCAAAUGCAUGGCGCCCUUCCACACGAAGAGCAGCGUCAGUAAAAUCUAUUCAGAAAACGGGAAUUUUUGACAGCGUUAAAAACUGCCACGCCCGCGAUUUCACUUUUAAAACUACAACCACAGGACUGUUGGAUUCUAUGAGACACAUAAGAUUGACCAGAGGCUUCAAAAUCUGUUACCAAACUACUGGAAUUUAAUUGGUUUCUUUAUCUUGACGUGUUGGAAAGUUGACUUGCCUUGAGUUAAGAUGGAAGGUUGUGGCGGCAAGUGUAUGAAAUUCUUGCUUAUUGUUAUCAACUUUAUUGUCGCACUAAGUGGACUCGGUUUGAUAGCAACCGGUUUGAUAAUCAAGUUUGGCAUCUCAGACUGGAUACCCAUCGACGAGAUCGCUGCACUGCUGGACAGUCAACUGCUUAGGAGCGCCGUCUACAUGAUCAUCGCUGCAGGUGGCUUUGUAUUCUUGGUGUCAGUAUGUGGAUGCUUGGGAGCGAUGUGUGAGAACAAGUGCCUCCUGGUACUGUAUUUCUUGCUGCUGUUCAUCGUGUUUGCCGCCCAGAUCGCUGCCGGCAUCUUUGCCGCUCUGUACACCCGGCAGAUUGAGAGCUACUUGGAGGUUGAGGGCGUCGACUUCUUGAAAAACAGCUACGGCCUAAUGAACAGCACCAAGAAUGAGUUGGGCACCGCUGCAUGGGACCUCGUCCAGGAGAAGUUGAACUGCUGCGGUGUGAAUGGUAAAGGAGACUACUUAGGAAAUAACAAUGUCAACAACACUGCAGGAGACUAUCCAGUUUCCUGCUGUACUGAAAUACCAUGCAAACUGAAUGCCGUCAAGACUAGGAACUGCGGGACUGCACUUAAACUCCUGAUUGCAGAUUACGGUACAAUCAUCGGAGCUACUGCGGUUGGUGUUGCUUUCUUUGAGUUGUGCUGCAUGCUUCUGGCAAUCUGCGUCUGUAGGAAUAUCGGUGACGACUUGUAGACUUGUUUCCUCCUCAUUUAGUCAGGCAGCUAGCUACCUAGCUAAACAGCUCAAUGUCAUCACAUCACCAGUUUCGUCAGCGGUUUAAAAAAAUAGAAUGUGAAGUGUGCUUGGCUUGAGAGUUACAUAACAUUUCAGCUAAGUUUCUGUGUCAACUAGAAAUAAUCCAAACAGUCGUUUCAGUCAACUUCGUAGACUUGAUAAAAUUUCCCCAGGUUUUGUCCAAAACAAUAAGGUAAAAAGUAUGAUUUUCUAGCAUUUUUAACGACCUUUAAUGUACACCCUGGUGUAUGCAAAGUACGAUCAUAAACAAAAUCUGUAAAAAGUUUGGAUUUCAGAAGUUUUUUUGUAGAUAAGCAAGGUUCCUGAUGAGACAACAGAAAUAUAUUAUAUACAGUACUGAGUGCCUGUCUCAUUAUGGCCUCCAGAGGGCGUGCUUUAGUUUUUUUAUUAACACAACCAUGAGCAAGUUUGAUCAGCGACCAUUUGUCAACCACUAGUCAAUGUUCCAUGGUUAACUAUGCAUGAUGAACAUCCUGGGUACCAGGCAAAAUCGCCCAAUGGUCGACAAUAGUCAACUUUCGAACUUGCUCCAUGGUUGCUCAACUGUUGGAGCCGUAUUCCAUUUGGCGGCUGUGGCUAGGACAGUUUCUAAGAAUGUUGGUAUGGACACCCUAUACUUCAAUGCAUGCUGAUGCGGCUAUCCAGGUUAGCCGAAGUCGCCAUGUUGAUCAUGGCCUAUUACUUUAAAUUGAGAUUUUAUUCAAAACAUACGGCGGCGAUUCAUGCUUUAAUUUGGUACGUUCACCCCUCCAGAAAUAAUCAUAGAGAGUUAAAAGAAAGAUGAUGUAAAUAGUUCUCUAGAAAGGUACAACAGGGAAACAAUUUUGAAGAAAACAAAUUAAUUAAGUAAAGAAACGUCAAGAACGUCUGGUA